CUCCGCGCUUCGGCCGCCGUGCAGGCCUUUGGUCCAGGGAGACCUCAAACCCUCCACUCCCGCAGCGUUGCUGCUUCCUUUAUCUGGCCUACCUCAGUCCACCCUUUGCCUUUGACGAGAGUGUGGAACCUGUGGAAUCACGCAGGCCCUACAGAUGCGAGCCCUGAAAAGCAUCUUUUCCAGUUCACUGGCUAGAGGUGUAAGGAAAGGCGGGCUUAACUUCAAGGCCUGGGAAGGAAUAAGGUCCACCAGAAACCAUGGCGACUGCCUCUGGCUUCCAGCCUCCAUCACCCCUGGAACAGGACUUGGAACAGGACGAAAUUCUGAUUGUGAAGGUGGAAGAGGAUUUCCACUGGGAAGAUGAGUCCUCCCUGGAGACAGAAGAGGCCAGCCCAGAGACCUUCCGCCAACUCUUCCGGCUCUUCUGCUACCAGGAGGUGGAGGGUCCCCGGGAAGCCCUGAGCCGACUCUGGGAGCUCUGCUGCCGCUGGCUGCGGCCUGAGCUGCGCACCAAGGAGCAGAUCCUGGAGCUGCUGGUGCUGGAGCAGUUCCUGAGCGUGCUGCCGGGGGAGAUCCAGGCCCGGGUGCGGGGACAGCAGCCCAAGAGCGGUGAGGAGGCCGUGGCCCUCGUGGAAGGGCUGCAGCGGGAGCCCAGGAAACAGAGGCAGCGGGUGAGGUGGGGGCAUGUUGGCCCUGAGGAUUCAGAGGUGCUCUAUGCUGAUGUGGUGCCUCUCGAGACCGAGGGACAGCCCUCCAAGUCCCAGCCGAAGGCUCAUUCCCUGGAGGAAGGGGCCGGAUGCUCCAGCCAGCGGCUCCAAGUCCAGCAGCACCACAGACCCAAGAGGGGCAUGCUUGGCCCCCAGGAUCAGGAGACGGUGUCACCAUCCGCAACGGUGACCUCAUCUUUCCUGUCCCAGCAGGUGCCAGUGACCUUCAAGGACAUGGCCGAGUACCUUUCCAGGGAGAAGCAAGGAUGCCAGCACCCUAGUCAACAGGACCAAAGCUGGGCCGUUUUUCCUGAGAACCAGGGACUUGGUAUCAAGCUGGAGGAUGGUGGCCACAAUGGGGAGGACAUGCCAUUGAGGACUGAGUGGUACCGGGUUCUAUCAGCACGGUGUGGGGGGACAACCCCCAACAUGGGAUCAGCCAGGCCUGAGCAGCUUCCAGGAUGCCCCCCAACAAAAAAAGCACCCCAGGAGGCUGACAAGCGGCACAGGUGCCCCACCUGUGGCAAAGGCUUCAGUAAGACAUCCCAUUUGACCAAGCACCAGCGCACACACACUGGCGAGAGGCCCUACAAGUGUCCUGUCUGUGGGAAGGGUUUCAGUGACCGCUCUAACUUCAGCACACACCAAAGGGUGCACACAGGUGAGAAGCCCUACCCCUGUCCCGAGUGUGGGAAGCGCUUUAGCCAGAGCUCCAGCCUGGUCAUCCACCGCCGGACGCACACUGGGGAGCGGCCAUACGCGUGCACCCAGUGUGGUAAGACCUUCAGCAACAGCUCCCACUUCAGCGCCCACCGCAAGACUCACACAGGCCAGCAGCCCUACAUGUGCACGGCCUGUGGCAGGGGCUUCCGCCGCGGUCCUGACCUCCACAAACACCAGCGGACCCAUGCUGGCCAUGGUGCUCUGCCAGGGCAGCAGAGCCCCAGGGUGCAGGCCCGGAGCCUGACCACUACGCAUGGUGCUCUCCAUCGCCAGGACCCUUUCCAGAACUCCCAGUCCCCAGUAUAGCAAUCCUGAUCCAAAAGCCACCUUUGUGCACCCUAAGGACACUGGAGGGGCCCUAAGGGUGUUCCAGCUAAGGAGAAAGGCAGGUGCUGAGCAUAGAACAGGGGCUGAAUGUGUCCUCAGCGUUUGAGCAGGGCACCCAUAGCCAGCAGCUUCUAGGAAAUCCAUGGUCAAGGUGUUGGAAGUGUGUGUGUGUGUGUGUCUCUCUCUCUGCAAGGCCUGGCAGAAAAUCCAUGUUGGUCUCUUCCAGAUGCAGGUGGCUAGCUGGGCAUGGUGGCACACGCCUUUAAUCCUAGCACUUGGGAGGCAGAGUUAGGAGGAUUGCUGUGACUUCAAGGCCGUUCUGAAGACUACACAGUGAAUUCCAGGUCAGCUUGGACUAGAGGGAGACUCUACCUCAGAAAAGCAAAGAACAAAACAAACAGAUGCAGGUGGCUGCUGGUGCUCUUUGGGUGGAGCCUUGGUGCUCCCUUCUCAGCCUUCUCCCCUGCACAGGGCUCCAUCUCUCUGCCUGUCUGUCUGUCCUCUGAGGACACCAGUGUGGGUUAGGGCCCUCACCUCCAUACACUGUGACUUCAUUGUAGCGAGUCAAAACCAUGAAUACCUCUUUUCAAAUAAGGUCCUUCUUAGGUUCAGGUGAGUGUGAAUUUGGGGCACCCCCUGCAGUGUGCGUGCUUGCCCUAGGGUCUUACCACGGGCAAGGCCUGCUUGCUGGCCAGCAACACCUCCUUGGCAGACUUCAUUGAAGGAGCAUGAAGGGUUUGUUCUGGUGUCAGUAGGGACUAGGCUGGGUCUGCGUCCCUUUUGCAGGUUCACAGCUACUUUGUAGAAAGGGGGUGGUGCAUGAGAUCAGAACGUGUCACUUCCCUGAUGUCCUGUUCUGAGGAAGCCUAGGGAAUGGAGCCUGCACUGUCCUGGAGCAGGGCGCCCGGGCUACCUUUGCUUCCAUCUUUCCAGGCUCCAUACGCCCGCUCUGCUGAGUGGCUGAGGGCUGAAGUAGAUGCCUUGGCAGUGUUGGCUGUCCCUGAGUCAUGGGGCAGCUGUUGAAGUGGGAUGCUCAUGCAGGCACUAUGACUGUUCCUCAUGGCUGCAUGGACUUGACUUCCCACGAGCCCAGUUGCUCCAUUCUUGUUUUGUUGCCCAGAUGUGCAUCUUUUCACACUUUUGUGUUCCAGCGUUCAUGACCUGCUUUCUUUGCUUCCAUAAUAAAUGUCAGUCCUUGUCCUGA